GUGUCCUCAGAGGUUUCUCCUCUUGCACACAGCAAUGCCCAGACGUUUACCAUCGGAGUCCUACCUCAAACUCCAGGGUUCCCACAGCUGGCCCCCGACUGCGACCUGCAGAUCACAGCUCUGGAGGAUCGUGUCACAGAGAUAACACCUUUAGCCUUGUCAUUCACUGACACCGAGACUCCCAGCGAAAAGCUUCAGUACAACAUCACCAAACCUCUCCUGCCAGCACAAGGGGCCAUUGAGCACCGGGACAGACCAUAUACAGCAGUGAGGCAUUUCACACAGGCUGACGUGGACACUGGAAAGAUCAUUUACAGGCCUCCCUCAGCUCCAGCUCACCUCCAGGAGCUCUACCAGUACUCCUUCAUUGGCCUGCCGGAGUCACUGAGUGUUUAUUUCACAGUGUCAGAUGGGGAACACACCACCCCUGAGAUGGAUUUUGCGGUCCUGCUGCUUUCAAACCACCAGCAGCCACCAGUAUUUCAGGUUCUGGAUCCAGUUCUGGAGGUCAGCCUGGGGGGUCAAGCCAGCAUAGGCGGGCAGCAUCUGGCUGUGAGCGACGCGGACACGCCUCCCGAUGAGCUGGAGUUUGAGCUGGUGGAGGCUCCGUCUCACGGACAGCUGAUCAGAACCAAGCAUGAAACCCCCGUGACCCAGGGGGACACCUUUAGCUUCAACGAUGUCACCCGCAACAUUCUUCUGUACCGCCAUGCUGGGCUCUCUGCUGAAGAUGACUCUAUGACCUUUUCAGUCAGUGAUGGCAUUUCCAUGGCAACGACUGUGGUGCAGGUGCAGGUGCUGAGUGAUGGUGGCCUCGGGCCACAGCGAGACGCCACAGCCUCUAUGAUGCUGGAAGUGGGCGAGAAGAGCAGCACAGUGAUCAGACGGUCCCAGCUUUCCUACAGCGACGACUCCUCCUCUGAUGAGCAGAUCUUCCUUCAGCUGGUGUCUGCUCCAAUGUACGGUAUCUUGACCAGGAGCCAAGCCCAGCAGGAGCCCCAGGAGUUAAGGGAGUACUCCUCCUUCACCAUGGAGGACGUCAACAUGCACAGGAUCAGGUACGUCACAUCAUUAGAGACGGGGAACCAGCCGGUGACCGACGUCUUCCACUUCUUUGUUCACGACGAGCACAACAAUCGCCUUGACAACCAGAUGUUCACAAUAACCAUCACUCCCACGCCACGGCAGCCGCCGCUGGUCACCGUGCACAGCGGCAUCAAGGUACAGGAAGGUGGGCGUUUGCAGCUCUCCACCAAUCACAUCUCAGUAGGUGGUGAGGACACGCCCAGAAAGGAGCUGCUCGUUUGGCUCAUCAGUCCCCCCAAGUACGGCUUCAUUGAAAACACCGGGAGAGGCGGCUUAUCUGGGGGUUCUCGGAUCAUCACGCCAGACUCGCCGUUUUCUGUGGAGGAUCUGCUGUCUGAGCAUAUCUUCUACGUUCACGACAACCAGAGGAACCCUGAUAGCCAGCGGGACGUCUUCAGCUUUUACAUCAGUGAUGGGCAAAGCCAGACAGAGGCGUUUAAUGUGGAGAUACAAAUCCAGAGUAAAGAGAGCAGUGAGCUGAUAAUGUCCGCCAACAGCAUCCAUGUGGAGGAAAAGUCUGGAGUCAUCAUCACCAACUCUUCUCUGAGCGUCCUCACUAAAGACACGCCGGAGAGCGAGAUCCUCUUCACCAUCAUCAGGAUUCCCACCUACGGGAAAGUGCGCAGACGGCAGUUCUACUCCCAGCCGCUGGAGAAUGGCCGUGUGCUGUCUCAGGGCUCCACCUUCACCUACCAGGACAUCCUGGAUCAGCUGCUGGUUUACACACCAGACACUGUCAACGGGGGUUCCGAUGAAAUGGGUUUCUCCCUCACAAAUGGCGUCCACACCCGCACAGGCCGCCUGCACUUUACUAUGGAUGCGAGACGGAGCGAGGGGCCUCGGAUGACGGUGAACAGAGGCUUACAGCUUCCAGCAGGAUCGUCAUCUGGAAUCACAGAACAAAACCUGAAGGGCUCAGACAUCGACUCCGACAGCAGGAAGCUGCGUUACAUCCUGACCAAAGACCUGCCUGCUGGCAAACUGCUGCUCAGCAGGAACGGCCGAGUGGAGGCAGUUUCUGUCAAAGGUCCCAUUCAGAGCUUCACCCAGGAGGACAUCAACACAGGGCUGCUGCAGUACCAUCACAAGAAAGGAGAGGGGGGGGGCAGCCUGUCCUUUCUGUUUAACCUGGUCGAUCCUGAGGGCAACAAACUGAUCGAUCAGUCCUUCUUCAUCAGCGUUCUUGAGGAUCGCCUCCCCCCCUCUGUGGUGGCCAACAAAGGCCUGGUGCUGGACGAGAAUUCCAUGAAGAAACUAACCACCAUGCAGCUGUCAGCCAGUGACCAGGACAGCGAGCCCAGCGAGCUCAUCUACCGCAUCACCAAGCAGACCAGUCUGGGUCACCUGGAACAUGCAGCCAGUCCAGGCUCCAGGAUCAGCUCAUUCACUCAGGCGGAUCUGGCAUCACGCAGCAUCCAGUACGUGCACACCAGUGAAGAGGAGAAGCAUGCAGACCAGUUCUCCUUCUCGGUGUCUGAUGGGACAAAUGAGGUGGCUCAGACCUUCUACAUCACCAUCAAGCCGGUGGACGACUCCCUGCCUCUGCUUCAGGUCCCGGGUAUGAGGGUGCAGGAGGGUGUGAGGAAGACUUUCACAGAGUUUGAGCUGAAAGCCACGGAUGUGGACACAGAGGCGGACUCCAUCACCUUCACCAUCGUCCAGCCUCCCCGCCACGGCACAGUUGAACGCACCAACAACGGCCAGCACUACAGACAAACCAGCAGCUUCACCAUGGAUGACAUCUAUCAGAACCGGAUCAGCUACAACCACGAUGGCUCCAACUCACUCAAGGACCGUUUUACCUUCACAUUAACUGAUGGUACCAACCUGCUCUUCAUGGUGGAGGAAGCAGGCAAAGAGAUUGUUACAGCUGCUCCUCAAAAGUUCAAGAUUGAAAUUUUGCCGGUUGAUGACGGGACGCCGCGCAUUGUCACCAAUCUGGGUCUGCAGUGGCUGGAGUACAUGGACUCCAAGGCCACCAACCUGAUCACCAAGAAGGAGCUGCUGACCAUGGACCCUGACACAGAGGAUGGACAGCUGGUGUACGAGGUUACCACAGCACCUAAGCAAGGCUUUCUGGAGAGCAAACUGAGACCAGGAGGCCCCAUCAGCACCUUCACACAAGCCGAUAUCAACCUGGGUCUGAUCCGUUAUGUGCUGCAUGACGAAAACAUCCUGGAGACAAUGGACAACUUCAAGUUUCUGGUCAAAGACAGCAAACCCAAUGUGGUCAGUGACAACGUCUUCCACAUCCAGUGGUCCCUCAUCAGCUUUGAGCAUAAGAGUUACAAUGUGAGCGAGAAGGCCGGCUCCAUAGCUGUGACAGUCAAGCGCACCGGCAACCUCAACCAGUACGCCAUUGUGCUUUGCCGCACUGAACAGGGCAGCGCUGUUUCCAGCAGCGGCACUGGAUCCCGUCUGGACCAGCAGGAUUAUGUGGAGUAUGCUGGACAGGUUCAGUUUGAUGAGCGCGAGGACACCAAGGUGUGCAACAUCAUCAUCAAUGACGAUAAACGGUUCGAGGGGGUGGAGAGCUUUCACGUGGAGUUGAGCAUGCCGGUGUAUGCACUGCUGGGCAGAAACGUUCGUGCUGCAGUUAGCAUCAACGACACCGAGGACGAACCCACUCUGCAGUUUGACAAGAAGACCUACCACGUCAACGAGAGCAGCGGCUUCUUUGCCGCUCCUGUGGAGAGGAAAGGCGACACCUCCAGCACCGUGUCUGCCCUGUGCUACACCGUGGCCCGGUCCGCUCGGGGCAGCAGCCUCCACGCUCUGGAGUCAGGCUCUGACUUCAAGAGCCGCGGCAUGAGUGCCGACAGCCGCGUCAUCCUGGGGCCUGGCGUCAGCAUGUCCACCUGUGAUGUGAAGCUCAUCGAUGACAGCGAGUAUGAGCUGUCGGAAGAGUUUGAGCUGGUGCUAUCAGAUGCAUCGGAAAACGCUCGGGUGGGAGAUGUGGUUGUGGCCAAGGUGGUCAUCGACGGACCCAACGAUGCAUCCACGGUGUCGCUGGGAAAUGCCACAUUUACUUUCAGCGAGGACGCUGGCACCAUUGAGAUCCCUGUGCUGCGACAUGGCAGUGAUCUGUCCUCUGUGACCUCUGUGUGGUGUGCCACCAGACCCUCAGAGCCCCCCUCAGCCAGCCCAGGGGUCGACUACAUCCCCAGUUCCAAGAAGGUGGAGUUUAAAGCAGGAAAGACGGAGGAGACCUGCAGCCUGACCAUCAUGGAUGACAUCCAGAGCCCCGCCAUUGAGGGGGCGGAGUCCUUUGUGGUGUUUCUCAGUUCCCCUCAAGGCGCUGUCCUCCAGGAGCCCUACGAAGCCAGCGUGGUCAUCAGCGACACCUUCCAGGACAUUCCCAGCAUGCAGUUUGAGAAGAAUGUCUUCACUGUAAAGGAGAAAGACGGCGUCCUCCACAUUCCCAUCGUCCGGACCGGUGACCUGUCCUUCAGGUCGUCUGUGCGGUGCUUUACUCGAACCAUGUCUGCCUCAGUCAUGGACGACUUUGAGGAAAGACGGAACACCGAUGAGUCAAGAAUUACUUUCCUAAAAGGAGAAAAGGUGAAAAACUGCACCAUUCACAUCAACGAUGACUCAGUUUUCGAGCCCGAUGAGGACUUCCAGCUUCAUCUGGGUACACCUCUGGGUGACCACUGGAGCGGCGCCAUGGUGGGCCUCAGUGAUAUCAUCACCAUUACCAUCACCAAUGAUGAAGAUGCUCCCACCAUCCAGUUUGAGCAGGCCUCAUACCAGGUCAGAGAGCCCCCCGGUCCUGAUGGGGUUGAGGUGCUUAGCAUCAAGGUGAUCCGCCAGGGGGAUCUGGAUCGUACAUCCAAAAUCCGCUGUAGCACCCGGGACGGCUCAGCCCAGUCUGGAGUCGACUACAACCCAAAGAGCCGAGUUCUGAAAUUUAGUCCAGGAAUGGACCACAUCCUGUUUAAAGUCGAGGUUUUGUCUAAUGAGCUCAGGGAGUGGCAUGAGUCCUUCUCCCUUGUUCUUGGCCCCGAUGACCCCGUGGAGGCGGUGCUUGGGGAGAUCUCCAUGGCAACAGUGACCAUCUUAGACCAGGAGGCUGCAGGCAGUCUCAUUCUUCCUGCUCCACCUAUAGUGGUCUCUCUGGCUGACUAUGAUCACGUUCAAGAGGUUACCAAGGAGGGCAGUAAGAGGACGCCUCCUCCAGGUUACCCUCUGGUGUGCGUCACACCCUGUGACUCCCGCUACCCAAAGUACUCCGUGAUGAAGGAGCGCUGUGAGGAAGCAGGGAUCAACCAAACACAGGUUCACUUCUCCUGGGAGGUGGCAGCACCCACCGACACCAGCGGAGCACGCUCGCCCUUCGAGACUGUGACUGACACCACGCCCUACACCAGCGUCAACCACAAGGUCCUAGACAGUAUUUAUUUCAGCCGCCGCUUCCACGUGCGCUGUGUGGCUCAGGCCCGGGAUAAAGCAGGUCAUUUGGGAACCCCACUUCGGAGCAACAUCGCCACCAUCAGCACAGAGGGCUCAAUUUGCCACACUCCUGUGACCACGGGGACUGCCAGAGGCUUCCAGGCUCAGUCCUUCAUUGCCACUCUGAAAUAUCUGGACGUGAAGCACAAGGAACACCCCAACCGGAUCCAUAUCUCAGUCCAGAUUCCUCAUCAGGACGGCAUGCUCCCCCUGGUGUCCACCAUGCCUCUGCACAACCUGCAUUUCUUGCUGUCGGAGUCGAUCUACAGGCAGCAGCAUGUCUGCUCCAACCUGGUCACCGUCAAAGAACUGCAAGGCCUCUCUGAGACGGGCUUCAUGGACGACGUCUCCUACGACAGCCUCUCUCUGGGACCAGGCUUCGACCGCCCACACCAAUUCAAUCCCAACGUCCGCGAGGCCAAGACCAUCCGGCUCUACAAGCACCUCAACCUAAAGAGCUGCAUCUGGACCUUUGAUGCCUACUAUGACAUGACGGAGCUCAUUGAUGUGUGCGGGGGCUCUGUCAUUGCAGACUUCCAGGUCCGGGACUCGGCUCAGUCCUUCCUGACUGUCCACGUGCCUCUCCAUGUGUCCUACAUCUAUGUGACGGCGCCGCGCGGUUGGGCAUCUCUGGAACAUCACACCGAGAUGGAGUUCUCCUUCUUCUACGACACGGUUCUCUGGAGAACGGGUAUCCAGACUGACAGCGUGCUCUCGGCCCGGCUGCAGAUCAUUCGCAUCUUCAUCAGAGAGGAUGGACGCCUCGUCAUUGAGUUUAAAACUCAUGCCAAGUUCAGAGGUCAGUUUGUCCCCGAGCACCACACUCUGCCGGGCCACAGCUCCCGUCUGAUGGCUCCUGACCACCUGGGAGGCAUCGAGUUUGACAUGAAGCUGCUGUGGAGCGCUCAGACCUUUGACUCCCCCUACCAGCUAUGGAGAGCCACCAGCUCCUACAGCAGGAAGGACUACUCUGGAGAGUACACAGUCUUCCUGAUUCCCUGCACCGUUCAGCCCACUCAGCCCUGGAUGGACCCCGGUGAUAAACCCCUGUCCUGUACAGCACAUGCUCCAGAGAAGUUUUUGGUUCCAAUCGCCUUCCAGCAGACCAACCGGCCCGUUCCUGUGGUUUACUCGCUCAACACCGAGUUCCAGCUGUGCAACAACGACAAGGUUUUCCUUAUGAAUCCAGCCUCUGCUGACGUCUCUAUGGCUGACAUGGACUACAAGGGAGCCUUCUCCAUGGGCCAGACUCUUUACGGCCGGGUGAUGUGGAACCCGGAGCAGAACCUGAAUGCAGCAUACAAACUGCAGCUGGAGAAGGUUUACCUGUGCACAGGUCGAGACGGAUACGUGCCCUUCUUUGACCCCACAGGAACGCUGUACAACGAGGGCCCGCAGUACGGCUGCAUCCAGCCCAACAAGCAUCUGAAACAUCGCUUUCUGCUGCUGGAUCGGAAACAGCCGGACAUUUGCGACAAGUUUUUCCACGAUGUUCCUUUUGAGGCAGAAUUUGCCUCGGACGUGCCAGCGCUGCAGUCCAUGACAGCCAUGCCAGGAGUUGACGGCUUCACCAUGAAAGUGGAUGCUCUCUACAAGGUGGAGGCGGGGCACCAGUGGUACCUGCAGGUGAUCUAUGUGAUCAGCCCAGAGUCUCGCUCCAAUCCCAGAAUCCAACGCUCUGUGACCGCUCAGCUGAGCCGCUCCAGACGUGACCUGGUAGACCGGAGUGGGCGUCUGACGGUGGACGAGUCCCUAAUCUAUGACAAUGAGGGGGAUCAGGUGAAGAAUGGCACAAACAUCAAGUCUCUGCACCUGGAGGAGCUCCCUUCUGCCACUUUUAAUGCCCACGUGGGCAGCUCGGUGGGCGGCGGGGUGGCCGCCGUCACGCUGCUGGUCCUGGCCCUGCUGGCUUCCUGUUUCCUGUUCCGCCGCUGCCGCCACUCAGCCAAGAGGAAGAACUCCCAAAAGACUUGCGAGGAGUAUCCCCUCAACACUAAGAUGGAGGUGUGCAUGGACAAGUGUGUGGAGAAGAACUUCAGCAGUAAGCACUGCACGGUGAGAAACAUCAACAUCAACCGCAACCAGGAAGCCAAAGUGAAACAGGUCAACCUGGAGGUCAAGCUGCACAACAACCUGAACGACGGCACCGAGGUCUGAGGCGGGAGUGACGGAGGACUCCAGCUGCUGCCAGAAACUCCUGAAAGAUGUCCAAGCAUUCACAGGUCGCUUUGGAGCAGGAACAAUGAUGGUCAGGCUGCAGCGGGAAUCCACACCCACGUCAGGCCACUCCUCCUCCUGUCCAGCUCCUCCGCUCUGUGGCUCUGACAGCAGUGAACCUCCCUCCUGCAGACAUGUCCCUGCUGGGAAUGUCCUCAUCUUAACAUGCAGCUCACUCAUCCUGCUGAGGCCCAACACAAACCCUCAGAGUCUUCCCAAACCCUUCAGUCACACUUCAAACACUGACUUCACAGGCAACAUUUCCCUGAGACUGAUUACUCUGAAUAUCUCAGUGUUGUGUCCAGAGAACAUGAGGUCACUCUCUCCCAUCAGCUGUUUUCAUAUUAGAAGCAGAAUGUCGAAUUAUAAAGACAUAAAAUACAUAUUUUUUUAUGAUUAAGAACAAAUGUGUUUGAGGUGGAAUGAGUGGGAAAAAAAAUCCAAAAGCCUUCAAGUGCAAUUACUCCUCUUUUCUAUUCAAACCAGAAGCAGCAGCUGUGUUUAAAUGUAUGUCCAGCCUCACUCAGAGACACAUCUACUGUCAUGGUUUGGUGAUAUUUUUCAGUGUUCUCUGCUCUGAUAGCUGCCAGUCUGAAGUGCCAUGCUGGCUCUUCCUCCUGAGGAGUCAGACGUGUGUGGACCCAGCUGACCUUUAGCCUUACUGCUGUUCACAUGAACAGAACCACUGGUUUACCUGCUGGACCUGAUCAAAGCUGUGUUUCUGUCCUGCCCAAAGACACAGACUCCUCAAAGCUUUCAUGUGUGGAUUCUCAUGUGUGACUACUGAUGUACCUUGGAGUUGAUGAGUUGUUUUUCUACACUGGUUUCAAAGCACUACAGUGAGAAAAUGGCAUCUUCACUUGUGUCUUUCUCUUUUGCCCCCCCACCCCCCACCCCCAACUGUGUGCCUGAUCAACAAGAGCGUGGGGACUGUGGGUGAAGACAGGAUAUUUUUGGUGCUACUAUUUUAUGGGGAUAAAUCAAUACUAUCAAUUUGAUGCCUGUCUGUAUCUGGUGCCUUUUUUAAUAAUAAACUUUAUCUGAAAUCAAAAA